UUAAAAAUUUGCUCGUAUUAAAUAUGGUUUUAAAACGUACUUUAAUUAAAUUUUGAAACUAUAUUUUAACAUUGUUCGUACAAAAUCCUAUAUCUGUUCUCGAAAAUGCACAAAUAUUUGAAAUUGCUCAAGUGAAAAUAUAAACGAAAAAUUGUUAUGCUGCUAUAGAAAACAACACACAUAGUAUAGUGCGAAUAAUAGAGGUGGAGUAUUUUGAUACAACAAGAGGGGCUUGUGGAGGAAGGGUGUACAAAUUUAGUUCGCUGCUUCAUGGAGCUACACUCAAAUGUAACUACUAUUUCAAAGUGCAAAUAUCUGUAGUGACACUGUAAAUAGAUAUCAAAAUAAGGUGUACUAUCCAUUUUCGUUACUGGCCACAUCGACAUCGAAGUAAAUGAUAAUAUUGGAUGAUAAUAAUAUGCGUAAAGAUUUAAAUUAUCUUUUUUAAAUGUAUAGUUCGCUAAAUACACCAGUGCACAUUUUUAUUCGCAUUUGUGACUAAUGUUACAUUGAUAGCAAAUUCUACCCAGAGGCUAAGUUGCUAUCUUAAGCCAACCACAACUACUGCGUUCAAUUAUCUAUAACUUUUAAAUACAUACAUACUAAAUGAGUUGGCUGCGUUCUAGCCCCCUGCGGCAGAGUUUAACACGCAACAGCGGAAACGGUAUAUCGUUUCUUUCUUCAACCAAUGGCAAUGGUACUGGUGUCUCCAGUACAGCAACAGCUCUCAGGCAAAGGCCAAUCGACGCUGCGACAGAUUGUGAUCCGCGAGCAUGCUAUGAUAGCUUUUGUAAACAUUGGCAACAAGCCUACGAAAUCAUACAACGUUCAGAGCCACCACAACGACUGCCGUCUCACGACGAUGUAUUAGGUGUGGUAUCACAUUUGGACUUUAUGGUGACAUUGCUCCUGGUGGAACUACAUCAUUGCAAUAAAGUUGCACUACCUACCACUGAUGCUGCACCGCCACCUGCGCCAUGUUUGGAAUAUAUGCUUAGUGAAAAUCUGCUAGAUAAACUCUAUGAAUGGGGUCGUACAACGGGGCGUUAUGCUGAUGCCGUACGUCUAGAACAACUUAAAUUGUAUGAACUACUUGUUAGUCACUCGCGACAUCAAUUACUUUGUCAUGAGCCUUUUUUAAGGCCACUUUUGAAAAUACUAGCAUCAAGCCAAGGUGAAAUUUUCCAAGCAGAUUUGGAAAAACGUUUAGUAAUAUUGCUCAACCAACUCUGCGUAGUAUUAAUGCAAAAUGUGCAUCUACUUGAUCUAUUCUUCUUUUCGGCGGAGCAGGAGCAACACAAGCAAACAACAAACAGUGACGAAAUACAACGCUCAAGCAGAAACAGUUCUGGCACCAAUUUCAUCAUAUUCUCCCUUCUUAUACCGUACGUGCAUCGUGAAGGAAGCAUCGGGCAUCAGGCGCGAGAUGCGCUAUUACUCUGCAUGUCGCUGUCGCAGAAAAAUUCUAAUGUCGGCACCUACAUUGCGCAGUAUUCAUCCAUGUGCCCGCUUUUGGUAACCGGCCUAGGCGGCUUGUAUUCACGCCUACCGAACUCUAUAGAAUUAACAUCGAUAGAUUGGCAUCGCAUAACCCCGGACGAUGUGACGGAAAUACCCGAACUGACAUUAUUUAUGAAUGCUUUGGAGUUCUGCAAUGCUGUGGUGCAAGUGGCGCAUGAAAUGAUAAAGAAUCAGUUAUUAGAUUUUCUAUAUCAGGGUUUUAUUGUCCCGGUACUGGGGCCGGCAAUAUUACAGACAUUGAAAGGCAAACAUUUCCAGACAAACAUUGAGUCACAAAUAUCGGCCAUGUCCUAUUUGGACCUUAUACUCAGGUCCGUUACUGAGCCCAGUUUACUGCGCGCUUUUGUUAAAUUCCUUCUGGACACUGAAAAAUUCGAUGGCGAACGCAUUUUGGACACCUUAAUCGACCGUUUGGGUGCCACGGACGCGAAUUUGUGUAUGGUAACAAUGGCGUUGUUCGACACAUUGAUUGGCCUACAUUGUGAGGAUUUAAUGCUGGAACUGCUAUUGAAGUACAUACUGCCCGGCAAGCAUGUACCGAUUUCGCAUCGACACAAGAUCAAUAGAAUCGAUCCUUAUGUAAAUACCGUCGAAUUCUUUCUAGACCUGACGCCGGACGUAAUGAAACGCGCCCGCGAAUUGACCAAGCACAAAUCACUUGGCGACACCGUGACCACACAACCAUCACACGCGACGCUGCCGUCGCCAACGUCUACAAUGAGUAAAACGAUCGGUGCAAAUUGGAACUACUAUGGCUUACAUACGGGCACCAGUCUCUAUGCCAACUUCCAUGCGUAUCUGUUCGAGGCGCAUUGUCGCAUCACGCAAUGCAAGAAUGCCUGUGCCAAAUGGGCAAAUGUAUACAAAUAUCAAAAGUGGCCGCCAAAGAAUAUACGCGCUCAACAAGCACAAACAUUGGAGCUGGUGAAACAGUUCUUCAAUGAAUUCAGUGUGGGCGCAUUGGCGGACGCGUCGCAUGUAUAUGAUAGUACGCACACUGUGUUGGGCACAAGAAGUGCUGUGGAGAAAACAGCGCAACCGGACAGCCUGCAGUCCAUUGGUGAGUCCAGUGGCUAUGAAUCGUUCAGAUGGCGUCCCGUGGAAGAUGAAAGCGGCGAAAGUAAUGACUCUGCUGCCAAUUCUACUAUGCAAAUGGUAAGCACGAGCACUGGCGAAGUUGAGUUGGACCAUAGUGGCAGUAGUAGCGGCAAUGGCAAUAGUUUGAGCACGCUACAAAAACAAUAUAGAAAGGAAAUUUGGCGCGUCUCAAGUAAUCAUAGUGAAUUAGUGCUCACCGACUUGGAUUUUUCGGAGGAUCUUUUCGCGCAAGGGACAGUAAGCUUAGGUCCCUUCUUGAAUGCGAUAUGGGGUAAACUGCAAACGUUCACCAGCAAUACCUUAUAUGUAAAUUUGCAUCUCACUGGUCUGAUUACCCGCCUCUCCUGCUAUCCGCUACCGCUGUUGCACUCCAUACUAUUGCGUCCAGAUAUAGUUAUCACUUCGGAUACACCAUCGUUCCACCAAAUGUUACGCAUACUUAAGCAACAAAUCGAUGCGGAACUGCCCAUGUGUGAGGAUUCACUUGAAAUCGUCGACGUGGCGCGCUCUUAUCUCAUUGAUCGCGAAUUUCGUUUGAUAAACGCUCGCAAGGCGAGUGACAAUUCACCAGUGCACAUUGCCAAAAAUACGCUGCCACCGCAGCAUCAGCAACAACGACUAGGUCAACAAACGACAUUCGCAAACAUAUCGUCAGCGUCGCCAGUACAAGUGACGCCCUCCUCGUCGUAUGAUCCCUUCCGUCGUAACGAUAAUAAGCGCAAAAGCAUCAGCAAGUCCAUUACGAAUAUGUUUAGUCGCAAAGCUAGCGCUUCAUCUGGCUUAUCACAAAUUUACGCAUUCUUCACCGGUGGUUCAACGGGAUCUCCUUUCGCCAAUAGCGGCAAUAGCUCAACAACACAACAGCAAAGCGGCACAAGCACGCGUGAAACAAGUUUAACAACCAUAUCCUCAACGGCGUCUUCUGCUGAACAAUCAGCCGAAGGCGCUGGAACGCACAGUAGCCAAAUGACAAGCAGCACAACACCGUCCGGUUCAUUUUCUACGAACAUCACGCACAAUACGCAUACAACAUACACACCACACGGUGCGGGCACGUUACUCGUAUCGAAUAGUAGUGUGACCACGCUUGGUGGCUCCGGUUCGGAACCCGUCUCCUUGGACUCGCUCUCAUCCAUGGGCGCUAUAGCCAAUACAAGCGGCACGGAGCGCACACGUGAUCUGGCUUUAUGUGCUGUACUACUUGACGAAUGGCUGAAGGAGUUGGCCGCGAUUGCGCAAGAGCAGAGUGUGGUUUUAAUUAAUGAAAAUAUUUGAUGGUUGUGUAAACGGCGUCGCAGUCGUAAGGUAUGUUGCUGACUGGAAGUGAUAUUGCGCGCUAAAUUGAAACGCAUAUACAUUUUUUAUGUAUGCAAUACAUAUAUGCAUACGAUUGUACAGAUUCGUAUAAUAAAAGCUUUAUCCUUAAGGAAAAUUUCGUAAAUGGUUGAAAAGAAAUAUGCCAAUUAACGAACGAUUAUAUAUAUAUAUACACACCAAAUCGGUCGAAAAGCAAUUUCCAGUUACAUUGUACCUAUAUUAUUUAAUUUUAUUGUAUAUCCCCAUUUUAUAUAAAACAAAAAAAAAAUAAUAAUAAAUAUUAACUGUAAGUUUUAGCUACACAAAAAUUUGUACACAAAGUUAAUGAUGCUUUCAUAAAUAAUUUCUGAGAUUCACCGCUUGCAACAUAUGUAAAGUAUUUUAUUAUCUUGUUCAAUUAUUUUAAUAUUUGUUAUAAUUUAAAGUUUAUAUAAAUGCGAUCUAUUUUGCUUAGCAUACUAUAUAUUGAUAACGAGAAGAUCAAAGAGUUGUAUUCGUGUUUAUGAUUUGUAUUUUGAUAUAUAAUAAUAAAUUAAGAUUAGGCGCAAAAUAUUAAGACAAAAU